CUCAGUACAACGUUAUCGUCAUGGCCGUAGUAUUGUUGAUGUUAGCGCUGAUGGCGAGCGGCGCCGCGUGCGACCGCUACCAUCCCGAACGCACUGUCUCAGAGACUGCAACACUCAGGAACGCCGCAGAGGCGAACGCGCAGUACUGGAUAAAUGACGCACAGGCUGGACUCGAGCGGCGACUGCGCUUCACCCCGCACACCAGCGACAACCACGCACGCAACGUGGUCAUGUUCCUGGGGGACGGCAUGUCGGUGCCCACGCUGGCGGCGGCGCGCACGCUGCUAGGACAGCGCCGCGGACAGACCGGCGAGGAGGCGCAACUCUCCUUCGAGCAGUUCCCCACCGUGGGACUGUCUAAGACGUAUUGCGUGAACAAUCAAGUGGCAGACUCGGCGUGCUCCGCCACCGCGUAUCUGUGCGGAGUGAAGGCCAAUUACGGGACGCUGGGAGUGACUGCCGCCGUGCCCCGUCGCAACUGCACCGCCUCCGUGGACACCGCCACCCACGUCCAAUCCAUCGCCGAGUGGGCGCUUGCCGACGGUCGUGAUGCUGGUAUCGUUACCACCACAAGAGUGACACACGCGUCUCCGGCUGGUGUAUACGCCAAGGUCGCCAACAGGGGCUGGGAGAGUGAUGUGGACAUAACGUCAGCAGGUCACGACAUAGCGCUUUGUCCAGAUAUCGCGCACCAACUCAUACACUUGCAUCCCGGAAACAAGAUGAAGGUGAUAUUAGCAGGCGGUCGGCGCGAGUUUAUCCCUAACGGUACUGUGGAUGAAGAGGGCUCCUCCGGCAGGAGGACUGACGGGCGUAACCUAAUCGAAGAAUGGCAGAGCGACAAACGCGCUCGCAACGUCACCUAUAAUUACGUGUGGAAUCGGUCACAACUCAUGGACGUUUUCAACUCACCCCCGGAAUAUCUCCUCGGGCUGUUUGAAAGUAAUCACCUGCAGUAUAACCUCGAGGCAGAUCCUUCGACCGAGCCGACGCUCACCGAGCUAACUGAGAUCGCGAUCCGCUCUCUGAGCCGAAACAAACGUGGGUUUUUCUUGUUCGUCGAAGGCGGUCGCAUCGACCACGCGCACCACGAUAACUACCCGCAUCUUGCACUUGAUGAAACUAUCGAGAUGAGUAAGGCAGUAGCUCGCGCUGCCGAGCUGUUGGACGAGGAGGACUCGCUUAUUGUGGUAACCGCAGACCACGCCCAUGUGAUGUCACUCAAUGGAUAUUCUCCGCGCGGUCAGGACAUACUUGGCAUAAAUAACGACUUAGACUUAGAUGGUGUGCCCUACAUGACGCUGUCAUACACUAACGGUCCAGGAAGACGGGCCCAGCGCGCUGACGGCGUGCGCGUCGACGUCACCAAAGACGCUAAUUUCCGUGAGCUACGGUGGCGUACGCAUGUUGAAGUGCCGCUUGAGGAUGAGACGCACGGCGGCGACGACGUGGCGGUGUUCGCGCGCGGGCCGCACCACGCCAUAUUCACGGGGCUGUACGAGCAGAGCCACAUCCCGCACCGCAUGGCGUACGCGGCGUGCAUCGGGCCCGGCCUGCACGCCUGCAGCGCCGCGCACUCGCUGCGGGGCUCGCUGCUGGCCGCACUGCCGCUGCUGGCAUUAGCUCUGCGCACUCUUCUCGGACAUUCUUAACGCCUUCUGUGUGACCAUAUUAUAGUGAAAACAGUAA